AUGCCUACGCCUGCCCAAGAUGGAUUGCAGCAUGUGGCUGCCUCCGCCGUUUUUUGGCCCCGCAAGCAUCGGCCUGCACCCUCGCUGCCUCGGAUCAAGAUCGGGUGUUUGACCUCGUCAUUGUGGGCUCCUCGAGGCGCCAAACAGAGCGUGGAUGUCCUGCAUGCUCGACGCGUCAGGCAAGAGCGUACGGCGGCUUCUGCGGCGGCGCUGGAGGCAGCGCGUGCGUACUUGCGGGAACACAGGUCAAGCUCGCUGCCCGCCGCCGAGCCACCGAUUGCGACCACCAACCUCACAAACACAAGGUCAGAUCAGGGCUCGAUUGAAGCCAUCCCCGACGGUGGCACGGACGCAAACGACGCAGAGGAAUGGGCCGUUGAACAGGCACAGGCUGGGGCUGAGGCUGAGGCUGAGGCGGAGGCUGAUAGCGAUGCAGCAGAGGGUUUAGCACCAAACCCCCCGGGCGGCAUCUUCCGCGAAUGGGGGUCCACUGUGUCCGGGUUGGAUGAUGGUCGCUUGCGCUUCCAAGCUCAGGCCCCUUGUCUGUCUCAAGAAGAGAAGAACGGGUCUGUGACCCCAAGAGGACUUUUCCACAAGAUGCUCCCGCCAGACAUCAUCGAACGAAUGCUACGCGCCACGAACGAUCAGCUCGUGGGCAAACCGCUGUCCAAGGACGAGCUGUUGGGCUAUCUGGGCAUCCGCAUGAUAGCUGCCAACUUCUCUUGUUCGGCAGAGCGCUUAUGGCGCACCUCCAUGCAACAGGGCAGAUUUGAUACGCGGCCAUCGAUGCAGGAGGUCAUGUCUUUAAGGAGGUUUCGAGCCAUCUCGGCAGCAUUGCGUCUGACAGACACGCCCUUGCCCGCAUAUGAUGACCCCAUUUUUGAGGUCAGGGAGAUGGUCAGCUCUUGGAAUGAGCACAUGCAAUCGGUCUUCCGCCCGUCAGAUACAGUCUGUCUCGACAAGUCAACGGCAGUCUUGAACAACAAGCGGCGCCCUUCCGUGGUGUUUGUGGGUCGCAAGCCUCAUCCUGUGGGCAAUGAAUAUCAUACUGUCUGUGACUCGCAGACCAAGAUUAUGUUGGCCAUGGAGUUUGUGGAGGGGCGCACACGGCCGGUGCAACUUGGACUUCCGGAAUACGAGGCCGACCACGGGAAGACGACCGGCCUCCUUUUGCGCCUGACCCAAAGCUUGGCCAACCUUUUACCUCGUGCUGUUGUCAUGGAUAGCGCCUUUUGCGUCGUCGACGCACUCUUCCAACUCAAGCGCAAGCAUGGGCUGCUCGCGUGCACGGUUGCGAAAAAAAAGCGAUACUGGCCCCGCCACCACGUGCCUGGGGACAAUGUCUUGGAGUACAUGCGCGACAAACCACCAGCUGAACUCCACGGGCGAUACGGCGUGUACGAGGACAUGCCAUUGCAUCUACAUGCCGUGAAUCAUGGUACAUACACGUUCAUCACGCUCGCCACGUAUGGGAGCAUCAGACCAACAGGCACGCCGCGAUUCUAUGAAGCGCCCGAUGGUCGCGUCUAUCGUUAUCGUCGCAUCGAGGCUAUUGACGACUACUACCAGGCCCGGCAUGCUGUCGAUGAUCACAACUACUUGCGGCAGGGUGGAGGACAAUUCUUUGAAGAGGGAUGGGCUUCCAAGUCUUGGGGUAUCCGCCAGUUCAACUUCAUUUUGACAUCCAGCCUGGUGAACGCGUACCUUCUGCAGCAACAUUUCGUCGCACCAAACGACAACCAACGGCCGCAAACGAUGGCUGACUUUUGCCUCGCGGUUGGCACUGAGCUGUGCGACGCAUGGGAGGAUGCUCGAGCUCGAGACGCUCACGUUAUCCCCAGUGCGCGCUCUUCGAGCGGUGGUUCGAUCACCCACGUCUUACUGCCGAUUCCCAAAUUUGAAGGUGCCCGGCCUGUCGUUGCGGUAAGUGCUGAUCUGUGUGUGUGUGUGUGUGUGUGUGUGUGUGUGUGUGUGUCACUGGCAGCCAGGAUCGGGAUCAGGACGGGACCGGGACCGGGACGGGGACGGGAUCGGGCAGGAUGGAUGGCUCGGAUAACACGUACUAUGGCCACGGCGUCCCGCGCGGGCAAGGCCGAGCAGCCCUGCUAUUACCUCGGUCUGGAUUCGAGCACUCAGGGACUCAAGGCAACCGUCGUAGACAAUGAGCUGGAGAUCAAGUUUGCGACCGCCAUCAACUUUGAUCGUGAUCUGCCCCAGUUUGGUACAAAAGGCGGGGCUCACGAAAAGGGCGAGGUCGUGACAGCGCCGGCCGCCAUGCUUCCUGCCGCUCUCGAAAUGGUGCUGGGCAAGAUGAAGGAGGCCCAGUUUGACCUUGGCAACAUUGUCUGCAUCUCUGGUAGUGGUCAACAACACGGCAGCGUGUACUGGGCCAAAGGUGCGAGCCAAGCCCUGGCCAGCUUGGAUCCGGCCAAAGGUCUCCAUGAGCAGCUGCAGUAUGCCUUUAGCGUCCCCGAGUGCCCCAUCUGGAUGGACUCUAGUACCACUGAGCAAUGCGAACAGCUGGAAAAAGCCGUGGGCGGCCCGGAAGCCAUGGCCCGCCUGACAGGCUCCCGUGCCUUUGAGCGCUUUACCGCCAAUCAGAUUUUGAAAAAAUACCAGCAGACGCCUGAAGCCAUGGGCAACACAGAGCGCAUCAGCCUGAUUAGCUCGGCCAUGUGCUCACUCCUCAUGGGUGCGUAUGCUCCCAUCGACACAAGCGAUGGCGCAGGCAUGAACCUCAUGGCUCUCGAAUCCGAGAAAUGGGCUCCGGAAAUCAUCGACGCCAUCGACCCAAACCUUGGAUCACUCUUGGGCUCGCCCAAACCGGCACACGAAGUCGUUGGCACUAUCUCGCCUUAUUUUGUGGAGCGCUUUGGGCUGGCCAGCACCUGUCAAAUUGGCGCCUGGUCCGGAGAUAAUCCCAAUAGCGUUGCUGGGCUUGGUCUCUCCGGUGCUGGCGAGGUGGCGAUCAGCCUCGGUACCUCGGAUACCAUCUUCAGCAUCAUUGACAAGGCUCAAGCCAACCCUGGUGUCGAGGGCCACUUUUUCCCAAACCCCAUCGACAUUAAGAGCCACAUGGCCAUGCUUUGCUAUAAAAAUGGCUCGCUAUCUCGCGAGGCCGUGCGAGACCGCGUGGCGCAGAAUGAUUGGAGCACUUAUCAAGAACUGGUUGAGUCACGGCCGGCUGGUAACGAGGGGUUUAUGGGCUUCUUCUUUGAUCGGCCCGAGAUUAUCCCUCACGUGCUGCAGCCGGGCGUGCGUCGCUUUGCACCGGACGGCUCGCGCUUGGACGCUUUUCCCGAGCCCUCCAUCGAGGCCCGCGCCGUUUUGGAGAGCCAGUUUAUGAGUAUGCGCUCACACGGCACCAAGCUGGGCUUGGACCCCCACGACAUUAUUGUCACGGGUGGCGCAUCGGCCAACAAAACCAUUGUGCAGGUUAUUGCCGACGUCUUUGGCUGCCCAGUGCGAGCUGCGGCGCAGACCGACUCGGCCUCACUGGGCGCAGCGUAUCGUGCGUUGCAUGCAUACAAGUGCCAGGAGGCAGGGGCCUACGUCUCCUUCCGUGAUGCCUUGGGUCAUGACACGCAAGCGCAUUUCAAGCUCGUGGCAGAGCCCAACAUGGAGAACCACAAGGUCUACACAGAUCUUUUGCCCCGCUAUGAGGAGCUUGAAGCUCGCGUGGUUGGCGAAAAUCGUCGUUCAUAG